AUGAACCCCAAAAGUAGAAUUAGUCUCAACUGUUCAACCAUCGGUUAUCAUGGUUCAAUCCUACGGCUACUUCUCUGUUUCCUACUCUUCUCCGGUCAAGCUUCAGCUCAAGCCACUCACGGCGACUCAGAUAUGUAUGGAGAAAGCUCUCGGUUUGACCCGACCAUGGCAAUACUUAUGAUCGUCUUGGUCAGCGUUUUCUUCGCUCUCGGGUUUUUCUCCGUCUACAUUCGUAGGUGUCUCGAGCGAGUCAUGGGGAUGGACAACGUGCACUCCGCCGACGCCGGCGGAAAUUGGCUUUCCCUGAGCCGUCCUCAGGCGCGUGGACUUGAAGAAUCCGUCAUCGAGACUUUCCCGACGUUCAGAUACUCCACCGUGAAGACACUCAGGAUCGGCAAAGAGGCCCUCGAGUGUCCGGUUUGCUUAAACGAGUUCGAGGACGACGAAACCUUGCGUUUGAUUCCUAAAUGCUGCCACGUGUUUCAUCCUGGUUGCAUAGACGCCUGGCUCCGGUCUCACGCCACGUGUCCCCUGUGCCGGGCCAAUCUUGUGCCCGUACCGGGCGAAUCGGUUGUUUCUAUCCAGAUACCCGGUUUGGCCGCCGAAGCUUCCCGUUCUGAUUUAACCGGUGAUCGGAUUACGGUUUUGGGUUCUCCGGAUGCGAGAUUGAUUGAUUCGGUGGCGUUGACCGGUAACCAGAGUAUGCCACGUAGGUCUAUGUCUACUGGUUGGAAUUUAGCCGGAAUUUUCACAAAUUCUGAUUGGACCGGUCAACAUGCGGAGAAUCUUGACCGGUUCACGCUUAGAUUACCGCAAGAUAUUCACAAUAAGCUCGUAAACCCCAGCCUAUCAAAAAGCCACGUGGCGUUACCUCAGGUGAUGAGUUCGGUGAGAGGGUACAGAAGCGGAAGCCUAGAGACUGAUAGUAACUAUUUCUACUAUGAAAGGUUUGACCAAGAUGGCCGGUUAGACCGUAGACCAUUCUCAAUAACUCCUCCGUACCGGACAGGUUCGAUUAAUACGUCUCCUGGUAGUAAUGGUGGUGAUCAGGUGCGUGCUGGUACACCAAAGGGUUUGCUUCUUGCGAUGAGAUCACCGUUUGAUCGGUUGUUUCUUGGAAAGAACAACGCCGGUGAACGUUCGUCGGACCACCUUCGUUCCGGUGAUGCUAGUAGCCCUGUGUAG